GUUGUGGGUGAUAGGUGUUGUCGUGUUUGUGCUGUUAUUUUUUUUUUUUGUAUCCAGUAAUUAUUGUAAAAUACUGGCAUAUGCUGGAUUUCUAAUAGCCACGAAGUUCUGGGAUUCACUGAUUUUGGCGCAAUGGCGCAAAUUGAAGAUCCCGAAUUCCUGGACACCGGGGAGUAUAUGAUGAAACGCAGCCUCCUGGCUAAGAGCAAGCGAGCCAUCAUAGUCCGCAGCCCGGCCGGCAGCACGGAGUACCGCUGCGUGGAGUGCCCCCUGGGCUUCAACGAGAAAGCUGAUAUGGAGCAGCAUCUGGCUGUCCAUAAUCAGGAGUACAGGUUUCUGUGCGGAAUCUGUGGGACUGCACUAAAACGCAAGGAGCACCUAGACCGCCACACCCUGGAGCACAAAGAGGUGCGGCCCCACAUCUGCCCGGAUUGCGGCAAGGGCUUCAAGAGGAAGGAACACCUUAAUAUCCACCGCACCAUACACAGCGGGGAGAAGAACCACGUAUGCCCACUCUGUGACAAAUCAUUCUACAGAAAAGACCACCUCCAAAAGCACCUCCAAACCCACAACAAAAUGUUCAUUGAGCAGAACAUUUACCCCGUGAGUGACCAGGAGCUGCUCGGCAUUAAACAGGAGAUCACCGAUGAGGAACAAGACGACGUUAUGACAGAGGAGCUGCUCGACAUUAAACAGGAGGUCGCUGAUGAGGAACAAGAUGACGUUAUGACAGAGGUCCCCGACGCGGACCUUGCCAAGCCAGCGGACCCGGAGCGGCCCCACCUCUGCCCCAUCUGCCACAAGGGGUUCAAGCGAAAAGACCACCUCAAGCUGCACAGCGUCAGCCACCUGGCGAGGGACAAGCUAUGCCCACACUGCGGGAAAGGUAAGCUUCAGACAAGACUUGUCCCUGACGCGGGUCUGGGCAAGUCGGCGGACCCGGAGCGGCCCCACAUGUGCCCCAUCUGCCACAAGGGGUUCAAGCUGAAAUACCACCUCAAGCUGCACAGCGUUCCCGACGGGGGUCUGGGCAAGCCGGCGGACCCGGAGCGGCCCCACAUGUGCCCCAUCUGCCACAAGGGGUUCAAGCUGAAAUACCACCUCAAGCUGCACAGCGUUCCCGACGGGGGUCUGGGCAAGCCGGCGGACCCGGAGCGGCCCCACAUGUGCCCCAUCUGCCACAAGGGGUUCAAGCUGAAAUACCACCUCAAGCUGCACAGCGUCAGCCACCUGGCCAGGGACAAGCUAUGCCCACACUGCGGGAAAGGUCCCCGACGCGGGUCUGGGCAAGUCGGCGGACCCGGAGCGGCCCCACAUGUGCCCCAUCUGAUACAAGGGGUUCAAGCUGAAAUACCACCUCAAGCUGCACAGCGUCAGCCAAGCUAUGCCCACACUGCGGGAAAGGUAAGCUUCAGACAAGACUUGUUCAUACAUGCCACUAGUGUAACGUCACACGACGCGGGUCUGGGCAAGCCGGCGGACCCGGAGCGGCCCCACAUGUGCCCCAUCUGCCACAAGGGGUUCAAGCGGAAAGACCACCUCAAGCUGCACAGCGUCAGCCACCUGGCCAGGGACAAGCUAUGCCCACACUGCGGGAAAGCGUUCCGAACAGACGAUCAGCUGCAAAACCACAUGAUCACACACGUUAAACUCGACUCCCCGGCGAGCGAGGAACCCUACCUGAUGGAAGACGAAGAUAUACAGCAAGAAGAAGACUCCCUCCUAAUCCCUCGCGUGUCAAUGCAAGAGGGCGAGCGCACGUACUACUCGGCGGCGGACGAGCGGCCGUACUCGUGCAAGCUGUGCGGCCGCCGCUUCAAGCGCAAGCAGCACCUCAAGGUGCACGCCAACGUGCACGCCAGGAACCAGCCGCCCACCAUCUGGUGCUCCAUAUGUAGCGAAGGUUUCUUCAACAACAGCCAAUUCGAGAGCCACGAGUGUAUGGGCGCCGACCCUGAAGAGACGCCGACCAACCAGGAGAACAACUACCCCGCGCAGGACAACGUAGAGAUAAUGAACAUCCCAAUAGUGACCGAAGAGCCGGAGCCUGUAGGCCUGCCGGUCCCGCGACGCGUGUUCGUGUGCAAGUUCUGCGGGAAGCCCUUCAAGCGCAAGGACCACUACCGCAUCCACCUGCACGUGCACACCGGCGUCAAGUCCUUCUUCUGCGAGGACUGCGGGAAAGGCUUCUACCGCAAGGACCACCUCCAGAAGCACUCGCAGGUGCACUCGAGGACGAGGCCGCAGCGCUCGCCGCCGCGCAAGCCCCGCAAGGAGAUGCCCGAGCUGUUCCCCAUACACAUGCUCAGGAAACCAGACGCCAGGGCCAGCGUCACGCCGGAGAUCACCAUCACUGCGCCAUCGAACACAAAACUACGAGUGCCGCUGCAAAUCAAGGUGCCGUACCAGGUAGUGACGUCACUCGACAACGGCGAGCAGCGCGUCACCACCGUCGACCCGCGCGACCUGCUCUCCUGAUACCAGCUCAUGUACG